CGGGUUAAAAUGCCAGCCACCCCCGGGCGGCCAUCCGCUCCGGAUGGCGAAUUCCCUUUGCGAAAGAUGGACACCACCCACCUCAGGCUCCGAGGUGUCCCCUUGCCCAAUCGCCGACUCCGGUCCAAGACAAGAAGAAGAAAGGAGCCAUAUAUCUGAGGGUGCUGCUGCUGUUUGGUAGUUGCCACCCUGGCAGUGGCGCUGACUUUCUUCUUUUGCGCGCAAGUAAAAAAAAAAAAAAAAUCCUCAACACAGGAGCUGCGACCAUUUGACUUACACGACGUUCACUCCGUGUCCCUCAAAAGACAAGAACAAGGGCCGCCGCUGGUCAUACGAGCGAAGCGCAAGCAAGGGUCCAGGGCCGAAUUUGCUUUGGUUUCGGGCGUCUUCAAGGCCGCGCCAAGCAGGGAAACGACUGGCUGAUAGUGCAGCGCUCCGCUGACCGGGCGGCUAACCUGACCCCACGACCCACCGACCCGCGCGACAAAGAAACCCCAGCGGGCGCCUGUGGUCGAAACAAAGAGCCAACUGCUAUUUUUGCCCUGCCCGACGCCUGCCACGGGCAGAGAGGAGAUCCGGAGACGCGCCUCGUGCAAGGGUCGCUGGAAAUUGAACUCCCGUCAACGUCCUCAAAUACUUCCACCAACCAACUAGCUAUCAUGGCAUUCCCAAGACUACCCCAAAGCCUGAGGAGCAGGCCAGUCGGGACACGCGAGGCCAUGGCGCCGGCGGACCAGGAGCGCGAUCUCCCGAGCGUGCGCACCGGCGGCCAGCCCGCCCCCUUCCUCGGCCUGAGGUCGAGGCUGUCCCAGAUAUGGCUCAACCGCUGGACCAUCCUGCUGCUGCUGGUCCUGAUCCGUGUCAUCAUCAUGAUCGCGGGCCUGAACGACAACAUCGGCGACGCCAAGGUGCGCGCGCUCUCGGCGUGCAGCAAGGUCGAGGACAUCGGCAGCGCCAUGGCCUCGAUGCCGCACUACCUGUCUCGCGGCGUCAACAAGGUGGCGACCGAGGGCAUCCAGCACGCAAUCAGCGCCAUGGUGCAGGUGCUGAUGCUGAUCCUGACGGCGGUCGAGAACAUCAUCUACUUUGUCAUCAACUUCUACGUCGGCACAUAUGUGUGCCUGAUCGCCGCCUUCAUCCACGGCACCUUUGACAUCGGUGUCGGCGCGGCCGAGUCGGUGACCAAGAUCAUGAACGACGCCAUCGGCAAGAUAUCGAACGGGCUCAACGACGAGAUUGGCAACUUCCAGAAGACGGUUAACGACGUCAUCGACAAGAUCAACUCGGGCACCAGCCUCGGCGGCCUCAUCGGCGGCUCGGGCAUCAGCAUCCCCAAGCUGGACGUGGGCAGCAAGCUCAACGACCUGCGAAACAUCAAGAUCGACAGCGGCGACUUCGUCAAGAGCCUCAAGGACAUGAAGGACAAGACGCCCGACUUCGACGACGUGCAGAACUUCACCAAGCAGGCCAUCGCGGUGCCCUUCGACCUCGUCCGCAAGGAGCUCAACAAGAGCGCCGAGACGUGGAACGCACCCCGCGACAUGUUCCCGCUCGCCCAGAAGCAGGCCCUCUCCUUCUGCUCCGACAACACGGCCAUCCGCGACUUCUUCGACGGGCUCUACACGGUCGCCAACAACGCCCGCAUCGCCUUCCUCGUCGUCAUCCCCAUCCUGGCCCUGCUCGUGUGCAUCCCCAUGGCCAUCAUGGAGAUCCGGCGGUAUCGCCGGCAGAAGGAGCUGUCGCGCCAGAUGGUCAACCGCGAGUUCGACUCCAUGGACGUCAUCUACCAGGCCUCGCGCCCGUCGUCCUCCCGCGUCGGCGUCUGGCUCGGCAACCGCUUCAAGGGCAGCGACCGCGAGUACCUGGUGCGCUGGGCCUGGGCGUACGCGACGUCGCUGCCCGCGCUCUUCGUGCUCUCGCUCGCCAUCGCCGGCCUCUUCUCGUGCUUCUGCCAGUGGAUCGUGCUGCAGUUCGUCAAGAAGGAGGCGCCCGCGCUCGUGAACAAGGUCGGCGACUUCGCCAACGACGUCGUCCGCACGCUCGAGGGCGUCUCGACAAAGUGGGCCACCGACGCCAACGGCGUCAUGCUCAAGUACAACAACGAGGUCAACAACGACGUGCUCGGCCACGUGCGCACCGCCACGUCGGCCGUCAACAGCACGCUCGUCACCUUCCAGACCGAGAUGAACAAGCGCCUGGACCAGGUCUUCAAGGGCACCGUGCUCGAGAACGUGGUCAAGGACGUGGUCCGCUGCAUCAUCGGGCUCAAGAUCGAGGCGGUCGAGAAGGGCCUGACGUGGGUGCACGAGCACGCGCGCGUCUCGUUCCCGCUCUUCCCCAACGACACCUUCAGCAGCGGCGCCCAGCAGUCCAUCUCGGGCGACUCGGAGAUGACGUCGUUCCUGUCGAGCCCGUCGAGCGUCACGACCGACGAGAUCACGGCCGCCGUCUACCGCGUCAUCGACUACCUGCAGAACGGCAUCGUCCAGGACGCCCUCAUCUCGGCGGGGCUGCUGCUGCUCUACGUCGUCGUCGUCCUCGUCGGCGUUAUUCGCGCCCUGCUCAACAUCACCGGACCCCGCAACAGCACCCGCGGCAUGGGCGGCGGGGCCGGCGCCGGCGCGCACCUGACGGGCGACCACGAAAAGGACACCAUGGCCGGCCACCACCACAGCCACGACGCGCCCCCGUACGUGCCGCACGACGACAGGCGCGAGUACGACUACGCCGCCACCCACGAGAUGAAGCAGCACCCGGUCCCGAACGCGACCCAGUCCGCUGUCGGGAGGCACCAGUCGUCGCGCGCCGUUUUUGUCGACCACGACGACGACAGCAGCGCCCAACAACACUACCCCAGCGAGAAGAGGGCGCCGCCGCCGCCGCCGCCGGCGGGCGGCAGGGGCAACUACCACGGGCAGCCGUUCUAGGAACAACGGCGGGACCCAAGGCCGUCCCUGCCCCCGCCCACUAGGCCGCGCGACAUGAUCUAGUGGGGAGCUCUUCUUCUUUCCCAAGCGCCUCGACUGUUGUUUUCUUCUCGUCUCAAAGUUAUAUAUACCCCAAGGGCGGCCUCUCGUGUCUCUGCUUAGUCGUUCUCGCUUCCUCCUGCUUUAACCCACGCUUAAUAGGCUUGAGGAUGCUUUUUUCUCGCCGCUGGUUGGGUACUUUUCCUUGGUAACGGUUUUUUCUGUUUGGUCUGUCGAUUAGACGGCGGAUAAAGCCAACAUAUGGCGUUCAGUCUUCCUUUUCUCUAUAGCCACCACGUACCGUUUUGCAAUUUUCUGGUUUACAAAAACGGGCUUGCAUCCCAUGAAACGGUUUUCGCUUCUCGACUUUCCUUCUUCCCUCUCUUGAUACCCCUGUGGCAACUUGUCCCGCAGCGCAGGACAUGUUUGACCACGGAAGAAUGGCGUGCUUUGCCGGGAGCCAGAAUGGCCAAGGAAAAGGCAUGGAUCUAGGACAAUGCUGCCGAACUCUCAUUCGAAAGUCUGAUGCUAGGUUCUAGGUCUAUAAUACCAUAGUCUGUGUGUCCC